AUGUCGAUGUUGAUGUUGCACGUUAAUAAACUUGAACCUAGUAAUUUAGACCAUCCCAAGAACAAUAAAACAAGCGCGACGGUGGUCGUCAUCUUGCAGAUGGCUUACGAAUCCAUUUCUGCCGCGGAGUCUUUAAUGUCCGAGGCAUCCCGAUCAUCUACUGCUGAGACAUCGAGCAAAAGCGACGACGAUGGAAUAGUCACCAAAAAAAAGGCAAGAGUGAACAAAAGUCUGCUUUCCCUGUUGAAUGACGCCUGCAGGUAUUCAGCGUAUGAUGAAUUUUCAAUGCCUGACGCAUUCUUGAGGAGAAAGGGUAGAAGAGCUGCGACUAUUAAACAGGAAACCUCUUUCUCGAAAACAAACAAAAAAGCUAACGGCACGAUUGAGAAAGUCGCAGAGACCCAAGUUGUCGUGAAGGCUAGGCUAGCGAAAAAGACUAAUACGGCUGGUACGAAGAAGAAGUCAAAAGAUGUAAUUGGAAGCAUAAAGGUUCGAAAACCCCGGCGUAAUAUAUCGAGGGUAGGGUACGCCGAGAACAGCGAUGAGGAAGAGGACAACAAGACGCCCGAUUUGAAUUCUAAAGUGCCUAAAGCAUCUAAACUUCCGAAAGGCAAAAUUCGCAAAAGUAGAAGUCCAAGAAUAUCGAACACCAAAGAAUUGCAGAAAGAUCAAAUCACCAACCAGAUAAGACCCGGUAGUAAACAAGCUAAAACUCGCCACCCAGAAUCAUUCGUGUCUAAUUGGGAUUUCCAUUUCACGAGGAUGCCCUAUUCGUUCAACCUUCCUGGGCCGGAUGCUUCAGAUAAGUUUACGGAAGAACUCGUUCAUUCUUGUAAAAUCAAUCGCUCCAAAAGUGUACAAAAGAGCGUUGUUAAACUGCAGUACAUCCUAUAUCCCACUUAUCAGGAGGAAUUUGUUGUCGAUUUUAAAGCCGACUCGUCGAGGUAUAACUCAAUGAGCGAAAUUGGUCGAAUCAUAGAGUUCACAAGUCUCGUAUAUUUGCCACCCAAAUAUCUGCCCAGAAUGCAAUCUAGAGUAAUCAAGCCGCUAAAUAAGGCUUUCGAUGAGGAGCUACAAGAACAAUUCAUCCGGAUAAUCGAAAUCUACAACGACUUCAUCAAAAAUAUUCCUCAGCAAGAAGUUGUCGAGCAGCUCAAGUCUCUUGAUAAGAUUCCUACUUCUUUAUUGCAUAGCAUUCUGCAUAUGGUAUACGUGAGAACUAUACAUCCGAAAGCCGGAUCACUAAGAAAGUAUCAGGCUUUCAGUAAUAAUGUUUACGGCGAGCUGUUACCUCAGUUUCUCACAACAGCUUAUGAACAAUGCAAUCUUGGGACUGACCACAUUUUUAUGGAUCUAGGUUCGGGAGUAGGAAACUGUGUGUUUCAGGCAGCCCUUGAGUUUGGGUGCCAGCUCAGUUUUGGAUGUGAGCUCAUGCCCCAUGCAAGCACCCUUACUGAAGCACAGGAGAGAGAGUUGAGAAAUCGCUGUAGGCUGUACGGAUUUAAUUUGGGACCUACUCAAUUCUCUUUGAGGCAAAGUUUCGUGGAUAAUCCUGCAGUGCAGGGACUCUUGCCGAAGUGUGAUGUCUUACUCAUCAAUAACUUUAUUUUCGAUGCUAAACUGAACGAAUUAGUACGCAAACUGAUACAGCCAUUGAAGGUUGGCUGCAAGAUAAUAAGUUUAAAGAGUUUGAGACCGUGUGGGUACACAAUUGACUACGACAACGCCGACAACAUUCUGAACAGAUUGAAGGUCGAGAGAUUCGAUCUUAUGGAAGAUAGUGUCUCUUGGACGCACCGCGGCGGGGAAUAUUACAUUUCGACUGUGCAGGAAGAAAUUGAUGAGAUGAUUUUCACGACACAUUCUAAGGGUAGAACAAGAGCUAGACGUAUAGUUAAGUACACUAAAUAG